GAGGGGCUUAGCAGCUAUCUCAGCAAAUGUCACCUCUGCUCUUGGAUGCGAGCAUCCGAGGUGUCUCCAGUAUUAUCCCAAAGAUGUGAAAGCUGCAAUUGAAGGAGCAGACGUUGUGAUCGUGUGCCUUGGGACAGGAGCUGAUCUGGAAUCUGAAUCCAAUGAUCGCAACAAUUUGUCUUUGCCCACACAUCAGAUGGACCUUCUGCAGUCUUCCGUGGCCUGGGCCGCUGGCCGCCCUGUGGUUCUGCUCCUGUUCAACGCUGGCCCGCUGGAUAUAAGCUGGGCCAAGGAAGAGGAUGCCGUGGGGGCAAUCGUGGCUUGUUUCUUUCCCGCUGAGAGCACAGGGCUGGCUGUGGCCAAGAUGCUGGUGGGCGCUGAAGGGGCAAAUCCCGCUGGCAGGUUGCCUGCUACGUGGCCAGCAGGAAUGCACCAGGUACCGCCAAUAGAGAACUACACAAUGGUUGGCAGGACAUAUCGCUACUACGGAAAACAGACCCCGUUGUACCCCUUUGGCUUCGGACUCUCAUAUACCACCUUCCAGUACCGUGACUUGGUAGUGAGUGCUGACCAAGUGCCCAUUUGUGGCAAUCUUACCAUCUCUGUGGUGGUGGAGAACGUUGGAUCCAGAGAUGGUGAAGAGGUGGUGCAGCUCUACCUCCGCUGGGGACAAGCGUCUGUGCCUAUGCCCCACUGGCAGCUAGUUGGCUUCCGCCGCUUGCCGAUACGCCAGGGACACGCUGCCAAGUUGGCCUUCCUGUUACCUUUCAGACAGAGAGCCGUAUGGGCUGGUCAGUGGUGGUUGGAGCCUGGCACUUUCACCAUCUUUGUUGGCGGUCAGCAGCCCUUCCAAGAAGUGCGCCUUCCUUCAAACGUUCUCCAGACCGAUUUUCAUGUCUUUGGGAACUCCCGUAGUCCAAGCCAAUGCUAGUCUCCCAAAUAGGCCAGGAUUGCUCAGGGACAUCGACCCGGUGGCUUGCUGAACCAGAGUUUAUCAAACAAAGACAUUUUGCAGUGAGUAAAAGCUUAUCGUAGAGGGAGCCCAUCUGAGGUUUCUGAGAAGGCAUGACUAUUCAUCUGAAAAUGUGUUUUUGUUGGCUCCGGUGACUGGAUUGCGCUGGACAACGGGCAGGGGAAGGGUUACCCUGGAAAGAUUAAGAUUGCCAGGAGAAUAACAGAGCACUUACAGAACGGUAAUAAACUCCAUUUUCAAGUGGU